AUGAAUUUCGAACGUCGCAAAUAUGAAAACAAAUCUCGAAAUAAAAAUAACAAUUGCAAUAUCCGUUCAAAUUUAGAAAGAUCAUCUUCUCAAACUUCAAUUAAUAAAAAUCAAGAAUUAACUAUUCAAUAUGAUCGUCGGCAUUGUCCAUAUCAACUACUUUGUAAGGAAUUUAUUUCAAGUCUUUCUUGGCCUGAAAUAUACUUUAAUAAUCUAUAUGAUCGUUGUUAUUGUUUUCGAUGUUAUUCUGAAAAUAAAUCUGAUGCAUAUUUAAUUGCUAAUUCUCCAUAUGUUAUUCCACGUGGUUGGGUUCGUUUUGGUAUACAUGUUGAUAAUGUAAAAGCACAAGUUGAAGAUAUAUGGAAAAAAUGGCAUAAUACUUAUCAUGGUACAGAUAUUCAUUCAGCUCUAUCAAUUAUUAAACAUGGACAAUUUCUUUUAAAGGGUGACACAUUUGAAAAUGGUGAUCAAUUGAAUUGUAGAUGUCCUUAUUUAUAUACAUCACCAACAAUAAAAUAUUCAGCAAGAAAUGCUUAUGCAAAACCAAAUCGCUUUGUUACUUCCAAUGGUGAAUGUUUUAUAGCUAAAAUUGUGCUACAAUGUAAACAAAAACCGGGAACAUACAAUAUACAAGGAGCUACUGGUAAUGCUCGACGUGAAAAAAAAAUUUGUAAUAUUAUUUCAAACGAUAAAAUUGAAUAUUAUACUGAUAUUCGAGCUUCAGUUAUACCUUAUGGUGUUAUGGUACAAUUAACUGCAGUUGAUACAUAA